UAGAAACAAUAAAGUUGAUCUUGAAACUUCAAGACAUCGAUCGAAACAAGAAUAAAUAAUGCUGUUAUGUUUGCUUUUUAAAACUAAACAACAUUCGAUCCAAAUCUUCUUUUGAAAAAUGCAUUAUUUUCGAAAUAUUUAAGUGUCUAUAUAUUACUCAAUAUAAGUAUACAAAUAUAUAAAUAAAUUAUGAAUCAUGAAAAUAUUAUUGUUUUAUUCAUACAGAAAAACAGUUCUCAAAUUGUUCUUAACAGAUAAGAAAUCAUAAGAUAAUAAUGAUGGUACGAUUGCUAUUUUUAAAAGCUUUUUAUCUAUUACAUCUGUAACACUUACAUAAUUUCUUAGAUAACAGAAAUGUGAUAUGGUACGAGUUUAGUCUUUUUUUCAUAUAGAUAUCUUUUACUGUAAACACAAACCUUUACAUUUUUCGUCAAGAAAAAAAAAAAAAAAAGAGAAGAGAAAAAAAAGAUUCUUUUAUCAAUGUUGUCUUCAUUCGAAUAUACACAUUUUUUCAACAUUUUCAGAUGUAUAAUUUAAACGAAUAAUUUACAUAUAAAUUCUUCAUGCGUAAUGAAAUGAUAAUAUCGUAGUUGCAGGAUGAAAGAAACCGCUAAAAAAUAUUAAUAUGGUAGAAGAGAGAAACUAUGGAGAAAAAAAAAAGAAAAAUUGGAACAAGGAAUAAUCAAUUUCGCAUUUCUCCGUUGCAAGAUACAAUAAGGCUAAUUGCAAGAUAUAUUAAAAUGGAAAUUUGAUCAAAUGAAAAAUGAACGUAUACAUCAUGCAGUAUUUCUGUUGUAUUCAAAACUUAAUUAAGACACAGUAUUAGAUACAGUAAUCAUAAGGGUAACUUUUUUGAUACAUCACUGAUUAAUCAAAUUUCUUAAAAAUAACGCUAGGAGACGCUUCGAUCAAUUUGGAUUAAGACGAUUUCCUUUAAUAAAAUAGGAUAUUGUCUAAUAUGAAAUAUUAAAAAAGUCAUAAAUAUUACGAGAAUAUAAACGUUUCCAAAAACGUUUGAUAGAUAAUUUGUAUUAUAAACUGUAAUGUAACGAUAGUUAUAGUUUCGAUAAAAUGAAUCCGAUUUAUAAAAAUAAUCAAAUCCCACCAAAAAGAGGUUAUUAUUCCGAAAUUGUUACGGGUACGUUAGAAUGUCCUGUAAAUCCUGCAUUACAUCUUCUUCCUACUGUACCAAGAAGAUCUAAGCUCGUUUGGCAAAUAUUUACUGAACAACAUGGCGCAGUUAUAAAAAACCUUAUACCUACAAAAUCGAAAUAUUUUCUGGGUGCAGCUGAAAGAUGGAUGACUUUUCCUGAAGAUAAAUCGAUCAUUUUUCCGGCUGAGACGUUUGCACCGAAAGUUCAAAUGGAACACAACGUGGAAUCUAAACGUUUACCACGAAAUGUAGAAAUGGAAAGGCGACGUAGAUUGUACAGAAAUCAAAGUUUGGAGGAAGCGUUAAAGAAUGAAGGAAUUUCACCUAGUAAUAUUUUACCGCCAAAAAUAAUCUCAUCGCUGUCGUCGAAAGAAGAUAAAUACGGGUUAUAUUCAAAAAUAAAUUAUUUGCCUCUCGAAAUAUUUGACGACGAGGAAUUCGACUGUCGAACGUCGAGCGAUUGGAUAAAUUUAGGUUUCAUCGAUGGCGUUCGACAUCCGUUACCUGCUAUGUCAUUUGUAGAAAAAGUUACCAACGAACGUAAUUAUUUGUCUGAUGUACAAUUAAAUAAUUUAUAUGGAUGGCACCUUUCUGCAGUAAUUGAUUAUGAUAGCUACAAGAAAUUGUGGACUGUCUUGACAUUGGACGGUCAUAAAAGAACUUUUUUAUUACCUAGGAUAUAUAUCCGAUUUAUUGCUGAGGAUCCUAAAGUUUUUGCGCGACGGGUUGCAGCUGCAGUGAGAGAAAGACAAAAAGUCGAAACGAAUAUUAGAUAUAAUUUUUAUUUGGAUUGCAUGGAAGUGGAAGAUAUGCCUACGUUGAAUGAAAAAGAAAAGGAAACUAUUAUUCAGCUUUCUACAAGACAACAUGUUGUCCAGUACAAAAUUCGAAAUAUUAUCGCUAAUGCUUUGCGAAAUCUUGUAGAAAAUUCUGUUUCUUUGUACAUCGAAAUGUUAGAAAGUCCAGGACUUUGUAUACUUGAUAUUAAGGAUGAUUUUAUUUGGGGAGAUGAUUUAAUGCAGACUCAAUAUGAUUGUAUUGUUCCUCCUGUUUUUAAAGUAGAUCUUCUGAUGAAUAGUAACGGAGCAUAUUAUUCUACUAAGCUUGAAGCUUUCAAAGAAUCUAUCAUAUUUAUUUUUGAUAAUUCGUUGUCACUGUGCCAUCAAAUAAGACAAGUACAUCCAUUUCUGCUUACCUUCCUUAAAUUUCCAGUAGACCUUUUUCUUAGUUCGGUCGGUCUGUAUAAUGAAAGGAUAUGUGACGUUAGAAAUCGUUUAUUAAAUAUAUACGAAAAGGCAAUCAUACCUUUAAAAGCUUAUGCCAAAGAAUAUUAUAAAUAUCUCGAAUUUUUCGAAAUGGACAUUGAAAAAUAUAUCGAGAACUUUAAAAACGAAGAACAUACGGCCGUCGAGAUUACGGAUGAAAUAUCAUUUCAUCGUAGAAUGAAAAAUAAUCUUGAAAAUACUCUACCAAAACAUAUUUUCAUCGGUCCUUUUAAUGUAAAUGUACAACCUUUGAAAGAAUUUUUAAUGACGAAGCGCGAAGAUUGUUCCACGCGAUUACUCAUUAUGUUCACGAACAAACUUCGUUCUAAGAUUGAUGAAAUUUUGGACGAAUAUACAGAAAUAAAUGCAAAGUUAAAAGAAGAAUCGAGGAAUGUAGAACAUCUAUUUGAUAAAAAAGAAUGGGUGGAAACGAUUCCGUUGACAGUAAAGAAUAUUGAUGAAAACACGCAGAAAGUGAAAAUCGAAUUUGAUAUUCUAGAGCAUUUUCGCUGGAACUUAUCAGAUGAAGAUUUUCAUGCCAAGUGGGAAGCGAUUGGUUAUCCUUAUAAAAUAGAACAAUUGAUCGUUGAAACCGAGGAACGUUUUAUAGCAGAGCAGGAUAAAUUUUUGAAAAAUCAACUGCAAGAUGAGAUAAUGUUGCAAGAGAAAAUAGAUAUGCUUGUAGGAAACGUUGCUAAUAUUGCUUUACAAACGAAUAUUAAUAUGGUUCACGAGAUUGCUAUUGAUAUUAGAAGAAUUUGGAAAAUGAUGAAGGAAUGUCAAGAAACCGGAAUAAUGUUAAACGAGCGUCAAAAACUACUUGGACUUCCUGUUGUACCAUUCGAGAGUCUUACCAAACUUAUGAAAGAUUUCGAGCCAUAUCAAACGCUUUGGAUAACGGCAUCAGAUUGGUUGAAAUGGCAUGAAAUAUGGAUGGAAAAUCCCUUGAUAACAAUUGAUGGAUCCAAUAUCGACAAUUAUGUAAAUGAAAUGUACAAGGCAAUGUCCCGAAGCAUAAAGAUUUUCAAAGAAUUUCCAAAGGUUGCUGCUGUAGCCGAAUAUAUAAGGGAUCAGAUAGAAGACUUUAAGCCUUACGUAGGGAUGAUAGAAGCUCUUAGGAAUCCAGGCAUGAAACCUCGACAUUUCGAUGAACUCAGCAUUGUCACUGGCAUACAAAUGGCACUAACACCGACAUUGACAUUCAAGGAAUUGAUCCUUCUUGGUAUUAUGCAAUAUGAGGAAAUUGUAAUGACUGUUGCGGAUGAAGCAGAAAAAGAAUAUUCGAUAGAAGGGAUUUUGGAUAAAAUGAUCAGCGCCUGGGACACUAUAACAAUGGAUGUCAUUCCUUAUAAAAAUACAGGUACUUAUAUCAUGAAAAUUGCCGAUGAAACCCUAAUGCUCUUAGACGAUCAUAUUCUCAAUGCGCAACAAAUUAGUUUUAGUCCUUUUAAAGCUGUAUUUGAGGAUCGAUUCGAAGAAUGGGAUCAAAAAUUAAAAUUAUCACAGGAAGUUAUAUUGUUAUGGAUAGAGGUACAAAAACAUUGGAUGUACUUGGAACCAAUCUUUUCGUCAGAAGAUAUUAGUCGACAAUUACCGGUGGAAACAAGAAAGUUUAAUACCAUGGAUCGUACUUGGAGACGGAUAAUGAAAACAGCACACGAAUGCCCUUAUAUAAUGAAAAUCUGUCCAGACAAAACGCUCUUAGAAAGUUUGAAGGAGAGUAUCAGCCUGUUAGAAGUCGUACAAAAGGGUUUGGCUGAUUACUUAGAAACCAAACGGAUGGUUUUUCCACGAUUUUUCUUCCUUAGCGACGAUGAAUUGCUCGAGAUAGUUGCUCAAACGAAAAAUGUGCAAGCCGUACAACCUCAUCUUAAAAAGUGUUUUGAAAAUAUGAGGGAAUUGAGAUUCGAAGAAGAUUUAGCUAUUACGAGAAUGUAUUCAGCGGAAUAUGAAGAAGUUGUGUUAAGACCACCAAUUUAUCCCGAAGGAAACGUUGAGAAUUGGUUGGGAUUGGUAGAAGAAGCUAUGCGUAAUACCUUAAGAGAAAUUAUCGGCGAAGCUCUUCAAAUUGUCGAGGAAACAAGUAGAAAGGAAUGGGUGUAUAUGUGGCCUGGUCAAGUCGUUCUUUGUGGUGGUCAAACUUAUUGGACAGCUCACGUCGAAGAUGCCAUAAAACGUAACGCACUGCGGAAUUUUUAUGAAGUGAUGUUAUCGCAAUUGGAUGAUCUGCGGGAACUUAUAAGAAGUCCACAUACUGAAAUCCAAAGAUUAAUGCUCGAGGCUGUAAUUAUUAUCGAAGUACAUGCAAGAGAUGUUUUGUAUAAACUAAUUCAAGAAAAUGUAACAAAUGUUAACGAUUUUGAAUGGAUAUCACAGUUACGAUAUUAUUGGGUUGAUAGCGAAUUAAAAGUUCGUGCGGUAAAUGCGGAGUUUUCGUAUGGUUACGAGUACUUAGGUAACAACGGUAGAUUGGUUAUCACUCCUUUAACGGAUCGAUGUUAUUUAACACUGACUGGUGCUCUUCACUUGAAAUUUGGUGGAGCACCUGCUGGACCAGCUGGAACUGGAAAAACUGAAACGACGAAAGAUUUAGCUAAAGCAUUUGCUAUUCAAUGUGUUGUGUUUAAUUGUUCCGAUCAGCUGGACUUUUUGUCUAUGGGAAAAUUUUUUAAAGGUCUUGCCAGCGCAGGAGCAUGGGCAUGCUUUGACGAAUUUAACAGAAUAGAUAUCGAAGUAUUAUCUGUAAUAGCACAACAAAUUAUGACUAUUCAAAAGGCUCAACAAAUUAGAGCUGAAGUAUUCACCUUCGAGGGAGUAGAAAUUACACUUAAACCUUCUUGUGCAAUUUUCAUCACGAUGAAUCCGGGUUACGCCGGUCGAACAGAAUUGCCUGAUAAUUUAAAAGCUCUUUUCCGUCCAGUGGCUAUGAUGGUGCCAAAUUAUGCUCUUAUCGCCGAGAUUUCUUUAUUCUCUUACGGAUUCUCCGAUGCUAAAACUCUGGCUGGAAAGAUAACAACUACUUUUAAAUUAAGUUCCGAGCAACUCAGUACUCAGGAUCAUUAUGAUUUUGGAAUGCGUGCUGUAAAGACUGUUAUAGCUGUAGCAGGUAAUCUGAAAAGAGAAUUGAAAGACGUUGAAGAACAACAAAUUUGUUUACGUGCUUUGAGAGAUGUCAACGUGCCGAAAUUUUUAAGCGAUGAUUUGAAAUUAUUUAACGGGAUUGUAUCUGACCUCUUUCCGCAAUUGACUGAAUUACCUGUAGACUAUGGAAUCCUUGAAGCGGAGAUCCGUAAAACUAUUUUAGAAAAGGGCUUAGAGAGUGUCGAUGAAUUUGUGAAGAAAAUUAUUCAGCUCUACGAGACUACUUUGGUACGUCACGGAUUGAUGUUAGUCGGACCAACUGGAUCUGGCAAAACAAAGAGAACAAUACGAAUCAUGCUCUUCGUUGAAUUGGAAACGUUAUAAAUAUUAAUUUUGGAGAAAGAAGUAUAAAAGAAGCGGUUAAUACGUUGAUAGAUUACACUUACCUCGGAGAAU